AUGAAUGAAAGUGAUACAAUUACCAAAAUUGGAUUUGAUUGUUCCAAUUUUGAUUAUUUCAAAAAUAUUGAAGUUAUUAGAUUAGAAAAUGGAAUCUUUAAAAUCAUACCAUUCUUGACAACGAUACAACAAAUACUUGGUUCGUAUUUGUUCCCUUCUAGCAAUGGCAUGUUUCAUAUCACUUGCGAAGAAAAACUUCCAGAUCGCAAUGCAAAUCAAAAUCAGAAAAUUUAUAUAAUAACUUGCACACUUCACGAUCAAAUUGAAAAUCAAGACGCCCAUAAUAAUGCACCUUUUCAACAAGAUAAUGCUUUUCAGUUAAUUAACUAUCAAAAUGAGAAUGAAAAUUUUAUUAUUCAAGAACCUUACGUUAUUCCUGAAACACUUGACGAAGAUAAUAAAAUGACUCCUUGUAAAUGGGAGAAUAAGCCAACGAAAUUCUUGCUUGCUUAUUUGAAAGAAAAUAAUGAAAAGGUCUUACAACUAGAAAGUCGUGGUAUUAUAGCUAAUGAAGUUAGAAAUGCGCUCUGGAACGGUGCUUCCGCAAUGCUACGCGAGCAUAACUACACCUAUUCUGCCAAUCAAUGUGCAACAAAGUGGAAAAAUAUUAAACAAAAUUAUCAUGUAAUUUUAUUUUCUUUAAUCAAAAACGUUUGA